AUGUCCGCAACAGGUAGAUACCCAGAAUCGGAACUGUCUCACGAACUAUGUUCCUUGAUAGUCGAUAAACAGAACGAAGCGCUGGAAACCACUGGUGAGUUCAACGUGGCCCUUGACAUCGCUGACGACAACGACCUGUGCUCCACCUUGGUACAGGGUCUGGUUGAUGAUCCUCAGCUGUCCUCACAGGUUCAAUGGUCCAAAUGGAAGAUCUAUUUCGUGAGGGAAAAGCUGGUCCCGUUCGAUUCACCGGACAGUCAUUACGGGAUGUUCAAGGCGCAGAUUCUAAACCGGUUGAUCCACAAGGGUGGACACCUCAAUCUGGGGCCCACCGUUGUUACCAUCAAUGAAUCUUUGGUCACCGCUGGAGACAAGGAGGGCGUAGAUACGGACAAAAUAGUCUCCGAAUUUCAGUCGUUAUUACCAAAAGAUAAAUUUGACCUGGUGGUACUGACGGGUACUGUAUUCGUUGAUCGUGAUGCUUCAGAUACGCUUGUCGUCGGUCCGGACAACCAGGUACACUUGAACAUGCCUGUGCUUCGCGCAGCACACCACGUUUGUUUUUUCUUGCUUAACAACGUCGAGCAAAAAGUACUGUCGCCUAGCGGGUAUGAGUUGGUUGAGACGCAGUGUCCUGAUCGAAUGAGCUUUAUCAUGGGUGACAAUGUCUCGCUGUUCUGA